AUGGAACGACUGAUUGCUGCCAACCUGCUUACGAGAAAUACCGAACACUCAGAUUUCGUUUUCUAUGCUGAUCGAUUAAUGCGACUUGUUAUUGAAGAAGCUCUCAACAAAUUACCCUACACUGAAAUAACAAUAACAACACCUACUCAUUGCCAGUACAAAGGAAUACAGUUCAUGCGUGGAAAUUGUGGUGUCAGUUUGUGUCGAAGUGGCGAAGCAAUGGAAUUUGCUUUAAGACAAUGUUGUCGAUCGAUUCGGAUUUGCAAGAUGCUGAUUGAUAGCAAGAUUCUAGGAGAUGAACAACGUGUCCUAUAUGCUCGAUUGAUACCAGAUAUGGCUCAUCGUAGAGUGCUGUUACUUUAUCCAGUAGUAAGCACUGGAACGACGGUGUUGAAAGCCAUCAGUGCCCUCAUGGAUUCCAAAGUGCAGGAAGAGAACAUUUAUUUGACAACCCUUUUCAUCACCCCUCAUAGUAUAAAAAGCAUAUGCAAGAAGUUCCCACGUGUUACCGUUAUCACAUCAGACGUGACGGUUGGAGUGCCGAACAGCUUUGCGAUGAAAUAUUUCGGAACGGACUGA